GCUAUCUUGGUGACAAGCACGUCAAAUUAUUUUUAGGUUAGGUAUAGCAGGCAAACUGGCUUCGUUUAAUGAUACUUGGAGACGGGUUUUCCUUCCAGAUAGUGAUAAUUGCGGAAGAGAGUGUAUUGUUUUCUUCACUAAAAGGAGGAGGAAGAUGCCGUACCGAGAAUUGGAAAUAUUGAGGUCCUCACCUGGGCCAUCUUCCAGAGGUCAGAGAGAUACAAGAAAUACGACAGAAGGGGUAAAUGAAUCUUCAUAUGUUGUAGAUGAAAAUUCAGCUCGAGCGAUGAAGAGAGAGAGAAGAAAAAAAAAAGUCGCAGGAAGUUUGGAUCUCAUUAAAGAAAAAAAACUGGAAAUGAUAGAAUUGCAAAAGAAAUUACUUUUGAUGAAAAUAAGAAAGGAAUUGAGACAUAUGCAGGAAGAACAUGCAAAGAAAAUGGAGCUUUUGGAUUUGAAAAUAGACAUCCAAAAAAAAAGAGAGAUUGUUCUCACAGAAGUGUGAACUACUGCCGUCUACUUUUAAGCAAUGAAGAUUUUUUUUUUUUGUAAAUGGUUUUUUGCUAUGCAUCAUGUACAGUUUUUAAAAUAAAUUGAGACCUUUUUAUUUA